CGCAAAACAGGAGAGGACACAGUCGUUCCGUUGCGCCCUAAUCGAUCAGAACUAGAAAGUGUGUUAAUUGUAUUUUCCAAAAAAAUGUUGAACCUGUUGCGUCUUUUGAAGCCACUCGCGGCAACCGGAAGUAGAAAGGUGUUCGCGAUCUCAAGCGGUGCCGUUCUGCGUGGGAGGACUUUAAGCAGUAACGCACGCCCAGCCGAGUUUGAACGCAACGUGGUCGAGUCCCAUUACGGCCCGAUGGACAUCCCGAAAGUGUCCCUUCCGGAGUACGUCUUUUCGCCGGAUAUCGCCCAAGCCGCGGACAAACCGGCACUAUCCUGUGGUUCCAGCAAACGCAGCUACGCGUUUGGCAUGAUUUACGAAAUGAACCGUCGAAUGGCACACGCGCUUCUGUCUCAGAAAGGGUGCGCAAUGCAAAAAGGCGAAGUGGUCGGGCUUCUCCUGCCAAACAUCCCAGAGUACGUUCCGGCCAUUUACGGAAGCCUUAUGGCUGGGUUGACGGUGACUUUUGCAAAUCCGCUCUACACUCCGGAGGAAAUUUGUCGCCAGUUUGAAAACGCAGGUGUGCGAUUGGUGAUAACAUUGCCAGUGUUGCUGCCAGUGGCACAAAUUUACAAAAGUAAAGCUAAGAAAUACAGAGGAACGGUGAGCAUAGGAGGGCAGCACAACGUGCAAGAGAACAUUUUCGGCUUUCAACAGCUUUUGAUGGAAAACCACGAAAGUGAACUGCCUGUGAUUGAUCCAGAGGAAACUGCCAUCUUGCCGUACUCAUCUGGCACCACUGGAAUGCCCAAGGGCGUAGAACUUACACACAACAACUUGGUUGCAAACCUCGUACAAGGAACUCAUCCGGAAUUCGCUAAAUACUACAGGCCCGAGUAUGCUGGCAUCACUGAAACGAUUUUGACCAUUCCACCAUUCUUCCACAUAUACGGAUUCAACGCAAUCCUCAACAUGUGCCUGAAAACGAGAAACCAUCUCGUUUCCAUUCCAAGAUUCAUCCCGGAAGACUACAUCCAGUGUUUGGUCGAGUUCCGACCCAAAUUCCUGUUUGUCGUUCCUUCGCUGAUGCUCUUCCUGGCCACGCACCCAAAGGUCACGUCCGAUCACUUGUCCAGCGUGGACAGUAUUCUGGUCGGCGCCGCCGCAGCCUCCCUUCAGCUGCAGGAAAAAUUCCGCCAAAAAUGUGGCCGCGACGUGGACAUUGCCCAGGGCUACGGCAUGACGGAGAGUUCCCCGGUUACGCUGUGUACGACCUACAAGUACGACCAGUCGAAGGUUGGCACGUGUGGCAAGCUGUAUCCGAAUACGCAGGCGAAGAUUGUUUCGCUGACGGACGGGUCGAAUCAGGGACCGCACCAGACGGGGGAGUUGUACGUUCGGGGGCCGCAGAUUAUGAAGGGAUAUCUGAAGAACGAGAAGGCCACGCGGGAGACGGUGGAUGAGGAUGGUUGGCUGCACACGGGCGAUGUGGCGUAUUACGAUCAGGACGGAUUUUUCUUCAUCGUUGACCGGACCAAAGAGCUGAUCAAGGUCAAAGGAAACCAGGUAUCUCCGACCGAGUUGGAAAACUUGAUUCAGGAGUUGCCGGGGGUUGCGGACGUUGCCGUGGCCGGAAUUGCCGACGAGGCCGCCGGGGAAGUUCCGCGGGCUUAUAUCGUCUUGAAAAAGGGCGCCGAGCUUAGCGAGAGUGCUGUCGUCGGUCACGUAAAGGACCGGGUGGUCAAGUACAAACAGUUGGCCGGAGGGGUCAAGUUCGUGAAGGAGAUUCCCCGCAAUGCCGCCGGAAAAGUGCUCCGGCACCAGCUGCAUUUGCUGGGCGCUCAGUUGGACGAUUGAUUGUUUGUUUUAUGUUUGUUUUAAGGGGGGCUUUAGUUAAUCGGUACUUAAGGAUAGUUUGUAGCGUCAAAUAAAGUGUUCUAGAGAAAGUAA